UUUACUGGCAGUGUUGUGGGGUUUACGCACGGGAACGGAACGCGCUUUGCGAACCCUACAGAACUACUGAAGUCUUUAUCGGUUAUACGGUAAAUUAAAUAAUCGCAGUAGCAGGAUUGUGGAAUCCUGGGGGCGGCCUCUCAGCAUCGGCCAGAGUAAACGAGUGUUUCCGGAAACCGCUACCCUUUCACCUGGCCCAGGACUCUUCCGCGCAAGCUAAGCCUGCAUAUUUUACAGAUGUAAAUCUGCCGGAGGCGUUUCCGGUGAGGUCCUCGCGUCCCUCUGUCCCACGAAGUCCGAGGUUGUGGAAUACUUUAAUCCGCCGAACUCUAGGACCACUCCCCGCGGUUCGCAGCGGGACUGGUGCCCGGCUCCGCCCAGCUGUAAUUGUUGCAGCAUCAUUGGUUUGAGAGUCUCCAGCGGACAGCACCGCAAGCCAAUGGGAAGCCGUCCUUCUCCGGCGGCCGAGCUGUGAGAGCCAGAACUUCUUUCCUGCUCCAGCAACAUGAGGCUUUUCUUGUGCAACGCGGUCCUGACGCUGUUGGUCACUUCUUUGAGUGGGGCUCUGAUCCCUGAACCAGAAGUGAAGAUUGAGGUGCUUCAGAAGCCUUUCAUCUGCCAUCGCAAGACCAAAGGGGGGGAUUUGAUGUUGGUCCAUUAUGAAGGCUACUUAGAAAAGGAUGGCUCCUUAUUUCACUCUACUCACAAACAUAACAACGGUCAGCCCAUUUGGUUUACCUUGGGCAUCCUGGAGGCUCUCAAAGGUUGGGACCAGGGCUUGAAGGGAAUGUGUGUAGGAGAGAAGAGAAAGCUCACCAUUCCUCCUGCCCUGGGCUAUGGAAAAGAAGGAAAAGGUAAAAUUCCCCCAGAGAGUACACUGAUAUUCAACAUUGAUCUCCUGGAGAUUCGAAAUGGACCAAGAUCUCAUGAAUCAUUCCAAGAAAUGGAUCUUAAUGAUGACUGGAAACUUUCUAAAGCUGAGGUUAAAGUGUAUUUAAAGAAGGAGUUUGAAAAGCAUGGUGCAGUGGUGAAUGAAAGUCAUCAUGAUGUUUUGGUGGAGGAUAUUUUUGAUAAAGAAGAUGAAGACAAAGAUGGAUUUAUAUCUGCCAGAGAAUUUACAUAUAAACAUGAUGAGUUAUAGAGAUACAUGUUCCCAUUUUAUAUGGCAUGCAUCCUUAAAGACAGGGCAACCAUUUUUUAAAAAAGUCUUACUUUUAAAUAAUGUGCUGUUCUUGUUCUGUUUUUUAUUUUUAUAUAUUUUUCUGAAUAUUAUUCGAAGAAGCCCUUAGGAUUCCUAAAUGCCCAUUUCUUUCUGGUGAGUUAUUGGGAAGAAAAAAUUAAUUUGUCUUUGAAUAGAAGACUUCUGGACUAUUUUCUGCUUUCACAUAUGAAGCCGUCUGUUUUACUUGUUUUACUUGUAAUUUUAAAAUAUCGCAGCUGGGAGCAUGUCCAACAUAAGACCAGGUUAUAGCACACAUCAGCUCCCUCUAUUUCUACUUCCCUCUAUUUUCUCCAAGUUAGAUACUGACAUUUGUGCAAUAGCCCAAGGCUUAAACAGUGUGUCUGUAACUGCUUUUGAGUCUGUUUAAGCAAAGAGGAAAUGGUUGUUGAACUGGCCUUGUGAACAGACACUGCUCUACUGAGGAGAUGUGCAAUGCUGAAGUGAGUAACAGAGUUAAUGACUUAUAAAUAUGUAUACAUUGAAACCUUCUGCCCAGGACUUAAGGUGUAUAAGGUUCCGUUCCUAGGGACUAAUAACCUAUAAUGAUUAAUAGGACAAAUUAUUUAUGUGUCUGGUUUUUUGUAAUAAGGUGUCAAAAUUUUGUAACUGAGAAACAGAGUGUAUUUAGUCAGUGCUUACUUUUUAAGUCUAGCCAGUGACCCUUCCUGGUUUAUUAAUGAAUAAUAUCUAUAACUAGCGUAUUAUACUACAAUAACAUUGUAUCAUGAGCGAAACUUAUAAGCCAAUCAAAAAUUUCCCAUUUCUGCUUAUCAAAAUAUGACACAGACCCACAGCAGCUACUGUUGCAUAGAGAUCUGUCCUGGGUUAAACAAAAAUGGGUGAUUUUAUAAUUUUACCUGAAAUUGGCUUUUAUCCUUAUUACUUUGAAAAAGCCCCCAAAUCUCCAUUUAUUAAGAAGAGUUCUUUAUCAUUCACAGAGUGAUCUCAAGUACAUCGUUGUCUUUGAUUUUCAUUGUUCUGAAGCCUAUGAACAAGGCUGGUGGAUCUUUAGUGUACCUAUUUUAUAGAUGAGGAAAUUAUUCUUCAAAGAGAUUGUUUUGCCCGAGGUCAACAGCUAAUGUGUGCAACAAGAUUGCAGUCCCCAAGUUCAGUAUCUUAAAUUGCCCUCCUUUGACUUCAUUGGGCCUCAUUCUGUCUUCAGUUUGUUCUAACAGUCAAUGCUGUUUUUUGUCUUUGGGUCCUUAUCCUUUGAAGAUGGUUUACUGGCUGUUUUGGGUGCUUUUGAAUUCUUCCUCAAAGUAGAAAUGGCUCUGGUUUCAUUGUUGGGGUUAGCACUGAAUUGCCUCAAAAACCCUGUACUGUGAGAGGGUCCAGGGGUGUGUCUUAGUUCUUUCAUUCUUGUUUACCUCUAGAUUUUUUUGGUUUUUGGUUUUCUUUUUAGAGAAUUACAAAUAAUUAUUAUAUCAUAUACAGGCCAUUUUCACUAGUUGUAUAUUGCAUUUCCCUCACUAAAACAUAAAGGUCUUGGGAAGAACGUAUAUAACACCUUUUCCUGAUGAAGUCAGCUAUAUGUAGAAAACUCUUAAAUUGUCACUGCUAUUUUCCUCAACCUGGAGGACUUAUGAACCACAAUGCUGAAAGCCUUAUGCUGUGUUCAUUGGGAAAGAAUGACCUCGUCAUGUGGUGCUACUUUGUAUAGACAUUACUGUGAUGCUUUCUCUGAUUGAGCAGGAAAAGUCAAAAGAAUUUUGAUUAUUUGGGCAGCAUAUUUCUUUUUUUUUUUUUUUUUAAGAUUUUAUUUAUUUAUAUGACAGAGAGAGACAGCGAGAACAGGAACACAAGCAGGGGGAGUGGGAGAGGGAGAAGCAGGCUUCCCACGGAGCAGGGAGCCCGAUGUGAGGCUUGAUCCCAGGACCCUGGGAUCAUGACCUGAGCUGAAGGCAGACGCUUAACGACUGAGCCACCCAGGCACCCAUAUUUCUUUAUCUCAUGUGAAUUUACGUCAAUGCCCAUCUAAAUACUUAGACACAAGUAUGAAAUGAAAGUAAAUAAAUAAGUUAUGAUUGUUUUUAAGUAUCUGCCUUUGGUUUAGCUGCAACUUUAUGUCUUUCCAUUCAUGGGAAUAAUCAGACAUGAAUGGCGACCUCACUUGUAAUAUAAUUUGACUCAUUAAUAUUGCUAGAUGUGUCCUAUUUAAAUUUAUAUGACUAUGUUGUAUUUUCAAAAUAAACUUUAUUUG